ACUUGUCUAGCAAGUUAAUUUACUUAUUGAUUUAAGAAUCGUAUAAACUAAUAACAACCAAAUCUUGUCUCGAUAACAAUUACAUUAUUGUACAACUUAAAAAUUCACAUCCAAAGUUUACAAAGUAUCGAUACGAACCGCUAUUGUCUGUAUCUAGUUUUAAUUGGACCGUAUGUUAGUCUAGCCAAAACACUUGCAGGCUUACAGGUGGCUAUGUUUUGAAAACAGCCAGUUUGCCGCACAGCCAGUCCGCGCACGAAGCCAGCCAUUGUUCCUCGUCGAGCGUAUUUGAAAAAUAACGAUGUCACAUUUUAUAUUUCGAAUUUUUCUAACGGUCGUCUUCGAUUUUUGAAUAUUUGUUAUUUUGUGGCCGGUGUUCGACGGAUGUGCACGUGUCUGUUUAAGUGUUGCGAAAAAGUUUUAUUUAAAUUAAGACCAAAAUAACGUAACUAUUAUUGAAAUGGUUCACCUUACGACUUAAAUAAUUCAAAAAGGAAAACUAACUAGAAAAUUAUUGAAGAAGUAAAGUAAAAUUGAAUCCAAGUAAUCGGAGUCCUGUAGUAAAAAGGUCAGGAAAAAAUAGUUAAUUAAACAAUCCUCUUUAUCAAAAAGGAUUUUCCAAAAAAAAUAAUCUCGUCAGGUGAACCAAUAAAACCCUCUAAUAAUUACAAAAAUGUGCUACAAAAAUAUGUUUACAACGAUGGUAUCAUGAGCCCUCACCAUGCGGUGGCACGCGGCACUCAUGGUGCUGCAGUCGGUACUGCUCACGAGGUCAGCUUUCAUAUCCUUCGUGGAUAUCGAUGAUCUUCACAAGCUCACCAAGAAAAAUGGCGUCAAAGAAGACGAAUCCAGUUGGUACUGGGACCCUCCCCCGCAGGCGUCAAAGACACUCGACGAAGAAGUCGAGAACAAUUACAAAACACAGAUACAGAAUCUACAAGAUCAGCUAUCCACCCUGAAAGAGAGGGACACGUUUGAAAUGAGACCUGAUGAAGAAAUCAUCAGGUUAAGAGAGGAAAAUAAAAACCUUACGUCAAAUUUAGAAGAUUUGGACUCCCAACAUCAACGGGCAAUCGAAAGACUUCUAUCCUUAAAAAAGGAACUACAAAAGAAUUUCGAAGGAUUAAAACAAGAGCACGAAGAUCUCAAAACUGCAAACGAUGAGUCCGCGGCUGAAAUAAAAAGUCUGCUAGUAAAAAUUGGAGAAAGGGAUAAAGAAAUAGAAAGCAUAAAGGCAACUAAGGCUGAUUACGACACUCUGUCUCAUAAAUAUCAAAAUCUAGAAAGGAUACAUGGCCUUCUAAGGGAGAAUGCAGAAAAGUUCCAAGAAGAGAAUCAGGAUCUGCAUGAAGAAGUGUUCAAAUUACAAGAGCAGGUAACAAAGUUAGAACAUGACGUAGAAGUACUAACAAAACAUUCAGAAAUGUCAGAUAUGGUUCCUAGAGAUACAUAUGAAGAGCUUUUAAAAGAAAUUAAUGAAUUAAAAGAUCGGAGGAAUUCAAAUCAGUUUCAUUUAGAUGAAAUUAACAUUGAUGAUAACGCUAAAGGUGUAAUUGAAACUUUAAAACGUGAUAUUAAUGACCUUCAGCACAAAUUAGCUCAAAAAGAGAGUAUUUGUCUAGAAAGUGGCGACAGUAAAGCUAUCAAACCUGAGAAAGUCAUGCAGUUGUACAAUAAAUAUGUAAACUUUGAACUACCUAUAGACUACGUCGGGGAAAUACCCUCAGCCGGCGACAACAUAGUUUUAUUCAAGUUAGAAAGUGUAUUUAAAACUGUGCAUUCCUUCAAGAAGGAAAUAGAUAUCUUAGAUCAUAAGUUAUCAGAAAAGAAUCUAAACGUCAACCAUUUGCAAACUCAGAUAGAUGAUCUUACCACGGAGAAUGAUUUCUUGACAACAGACAUUCAACAUUUAGAGAGAGAAUUAAACGAAAUGAAAAAGAAUAAUGAUUUUCUCAUAUCUGAGAUUGCCGCCUUAAAAAAUACGUCCAAAUUAGAACCCAUAAUUGAGACGCAUGAAGACAAUUUAGCUAAGUUAGAAACUGAACUAGCUGACUCAAAUAAGCUAAACAAAAACUUUGAAUCCGAAAUCAAGAGAAUAGUUAAAGAGCUUGAUGAAGUGAGAUCAGAAAAAGCAGCUUUACGCGAUAGUCUACAGGAGGUGAAACAUAAAUAUACCUCAAUGAUCGGUGAAUUAGAAUUGUUGAAAAAUCAAACUUUGGCGGUUGAGGAAUUAGAAAAGACAGUCAAAAAUGAAGAGAAUGAAAGUUGCAAACUUUCAGCUGAUGAAAUUGACGACCUGAAAAAACGUCUUCACGCAGCUAAUUCUAAAAACGAGCAGCUUUCUAUAGACAUACAUAUAUUGGAAAACGAUAAAGUGUUACUUACGAAACAAGUCGACGAUCUAAGAGUAGCAUUAGAUGAAAAAUCUUAUGCACAUAAAGAAUUAGAAAGUUUAAAGUCAACUUUAGACCUUAAACUACACGACUUCGAAAAUAAACUGGACGAAGUCAUAAAACAUAAGAAAGAAAUAGAAACUGAUAAACUGAGUCUACAAGAUAAAGUUCAGGUAUUGGAAGGCAAGUUAUCAUCUACCAGCAGCAUAAGUAAAGAAGAACUGCAAAACAUCACGACAGAGAAAACACAUUUGGCUGAAAAAGUCGAUCUAUUGAGCAAAGAAAAUGUAACUUUAAUAGAAGCUAUCAGUAAACUUAAAAGCGAUAUAAUAGAGUUACAAAACAAAGAACAACAGCUUCUGAAUGAAAAUAGUCAUCUGAGAAAAGAUAUGAUAAAUGAAAAAGAAUCCAAAAAUCUUCAAGAUGAGUUAAAAACUAAAUCGAUACAUGAAGGUUUACUCAAUAACGAAAUCGCAACUCUCAAAACGGAAAAUCAAAAACUCAUUGAAAAGAAACUUCAGUUGGAAGCCGAAUUGACGUUGACAGAUGGCAAAAUAGUACGUCUAGAAGAAGAAUUCGAAAAAUUAUUAACAGAUCUGAACGAAAAAGAUUCUUUAAUAGACGGUUUAAAUAGUAAUGUGAACAAAAGUAACGAAACCCUCAGUAAUUUAACUCAGAACAUUGCCGAUUUGGAAAAUAGUGUUGCUGUCAAAAAUGACGAGAUUCAGCGUCUCAACAAUUCGGUGGCAGAACUUACUUCAAUGUUGAAUGAGGUUAGUUCCAAAGCACAAUUAAACCAAGAGGAACUCAACAGGCUACAUAAUGAAAAGGAAGAAAUUAGUAAAAAUAUUUUCUCAUUGAAUGACGAAAUCAAUACAAAGAACUCGUUGAUAUCAACGUUAACAAUGCAAUUAGAGACGUCUGAAAAAUUGGUCACUGAAUGUAAAUCAGUUAUAGAAAGUAAAGAUAAAGAAAUAAAAGAACUGAAUCAAUCGAUAGUUGAAGUAACUGAUAAAAUUAAGUCAAGAGAUAACGUAACGCAUCAUAAUGAUGAUUACGCUAAACUUAUACAAGAAAAAGAACUAGUUGAAACGCAAGUAGUUGACCUGAAGAAUGAACUCGUCGAAAAAGAAAAAUACGCGGAAGAAGUUAAACUUAACCAUGAGCACAGCGAGAAACUAGUUUCAGAGUACAGAGCGCUCAUAGACUCUGCUAACGCUGAGAAAACAGAAUUAAUCAAUCUCAUCAAUUUAAAACAUAACGAGAGCAUACAGUACCAUAACGAAAUACAGAGGCUAAACCAUGUGAUACUAGAACAAACAAAUGAAUUCAAAAAGGUGAUUGAAGACAAAGAACAGCUGAUACAGAGCGCAGUGAACUGUUCAACUUGUGACAGUUUGAGGGUUACUCUGAAAGAGAAAGAUGAGAUUAUAAUAGCGUUGAACCAAAGUGCGAGCGAGUGCGAGAAGGUUAAGGCGGAGCUGGUCGCAGCUAAGGAUAAUGUGAAGCAGUUGCUGGAGAGGUGUGAUAAUCUAGACAAAAGCUUGGCGAUACAGUUGGAAACAGUCAAGAAAUUGACAGCAGAAAAUGGACAGUUGUCAGAACAAGAGCAGAACUCAGCGCGUGAGCUGGAGAGGCUACGGCGGCACCUGGUGGAGACCGAGGAGAACUACACGCAGGAGCUGAUGACCUCCGAGCAGAAGCUGGCGGAGUGCCAGUCGCGGCUGCACCAGGUCGAGGAGAGGGCCAAGCAGACCAGCACCGUGUACACCAGUAACAGCAUCCGAGCGAACCAGGAAGUGGAAACCUACCGCAACCAGAUCAAGCUAUUGGAGAAACAGCGUGAUGAUGUACAGGCGCGGCUCAGCGACGCGGAGGACGCCAAGAACAGGAGUGAGGCGGCGCUCACCAACCUGCAGGUCGUGCUGGAGCAGUUCCAACUAGACAAAGAACGAGACAUACACACAGCCACAGAGAAAAUCAGAAACAAAAUGGAAGAGCUCAGACAUCAGAACCAAGACUUGCAAUCUGAGAUCGUCAGUCUGAACGCUAAGCUCGAAGAGUCGCUAGCUGGUCUCCGCGCGGCCACCCGCCUCGGGGACCAGGUCGAGACCAAGUGCGCGCAGAUCAAUGAUCUGAAGGAACAAGUCCGCACGCUCCAGACGUCGGUGGCGGCCGCCGAGGAGCGCUACUACAACGCCAUCUCGAAUCAGCAAGACAAAGUGGAUAAGAAUCUUGUGAAGAAUCUAGUUAUCAAUUAUGUGAUGACUGCUGGAGGGAAUGCUACCAAUAAAACGCAAGUCCUCCGCGUGCUGUCCACGGUCCUGGACUUCAACCAGCAGGAGUGCGAGCGGCUCGGGCUGGCGCGGGGCGCCGCCCCCGACAGCCUCGCCGCCGAGUUCGUGCGCUUCCUGCAGAACGAGUCCCGCCCCAGGGCCCCGCUGCCCAACAUGAUGACCCUAGCCAGUACCACCAGCAGGAGUACCACGCCCAGUUCCAGGAAGAAUUCUACUGUUGGUCCCCACCCCAGCAUAACGAAACCAGCCGGUCACAGCCGCAACCCCUCAACGGGCUCAAGCAACCUACUUUUCCAAAACAUUGACAACCUGGAUACCGCGUCGCAACUCUCACGAGACUCCGACAGAGAGCCUAAAGUAGUGUCGCCGAGUCUCGACACCGGUGUCAACCAGACCAGGAACACUGAGGGAGCCAUACUCAAGUCUGUUUUGAAAGAUAUGUGAUUUUAUAUACAUUUGUAAGAUUCAUACUCAAUGAUUAAUGUUUACUCACUGAUCGUUCGACUAGUUUUGGACCUUAUUGGAGUCCUUAAUUAUGAGCUGAUGCGACAGUAAGUGAAAAUAUCUUGAAUCUGAUCUGGAGCGGAAAAUAAGUUUAAUCUCCGAUCGCUAACGUUGUUUAACUCUCACAUGUAUUGAUCUGGCAUCUCAAAGUCAUGUUACUUGUGGAAAAACAAUGUCAUUUCAAUACAUUUGAAGUUUUAUAUUAGUUUUCUAUUGUAAUGCGAUGUCCAAAAUCUAUGUCUGAGACCAUCUACGGAUUCGGAUUCAAGACCCCUCGAUAUUUUUAAAGCUGGCAAUGUAUGUAUAUUGAAUGCAAUUUAAAUGAUACUGAUUCGUAUAUACUCAUGAUUUAUUUAUUGUAUGAUAUUUUAUUUGUCGAAAUCUAUUCAAAGAUGGCAUUUGUUUUGUUUUUGUGAUUGGUCACAAUUACGGAUGUCAACGGAAUUCCGGAUGUAAAUUCUCUUAUCUUAUGUGACCGGAUUAAACAACGGAUGUGUUGAAAAAUGUAAAUAUAACAUCUAAGUUGUCAAAUCCGUAAAUCCACAUCCGUUUAACAUCAUUACGGAUGUAAUUUUAUAAUUGGCGAAAGAUUAUUAUCUUUUAUAGUAUUUAAAUUGCCAACAUAAUUUGAACCCCAACGAUUUAUAAAAAUAUAGCCAUUUUAUUUUAUUGUGAUAAAAUUCCGGAUGCAAAACUGUAUUCAAAAUAAUUGUUUUUAAUUAAUAACGCAUUACACAAGCAAUUUCAGGAUUUCAGGAGUAUAUAUUUCUUCUAUAUCAAGUUUAGUUAACUCUGAUUUGAAUUAAACAAUUGUAAACAUAAAGUUACAGUAGUAUUUUUUAACUUUUCAACUAGAGAAGAUAAUAUGGGUUUCAAAAUAUACGGAUCACCCAUCAAUCCACUGACCUCGUUCAGCGAUGCUUAACCUUGUGUUCUUUAACUAUUUAUCAACCAGUUUGUUUGUGUAAUGUGUUAUUAUCACAAAAUGCAUUAACAUAGCAUUUAUUUGUCUGUAUAAAAUGUUCAAACGAUGUGUUUGUCGUGAAAUUCUGUAGUUUUAGUCACUGUAUAGUUAUGUUGGUGCCUUAUUAUCGUUUAGCUGAACGUUUGGGGAUGCUUGGAUGUCAUUUAAUUAUAGAUCAUAAUUUGAUGAAGAUAAACUUGAAAUUUGCUUUUACCAAAACUUGGAUCGUGUUGUAAUCAUAAUGCAAAAAUGUUUUAGUUUGGGUAACAGUUACGGCAAUUUUGUUUUUAUUGCUGUGAUAUUAUGGUUGCUUUUGCCUUGUGUUACGUCGUCUUAGUAAUGGUACACAUUUACACAGAUUUUAAAGAACGCUUGUGGCAUUAAACAACCAAUCAGAAGCGAGCAUUAUCACGUGAUAUUAUCAAUUGACCAAUCAAAAUAGUUUUCUAUGAUUAAUGUCAUGCUAACAACCCAUCGUCAGUUAUAAGCUUAAUGUUAAGUUGUAUAGAAUUGUACAUUAUGUAAUUAUAACACUUAUUUCAAUUGAGUUACAGUUCAAUUUGCAUUGUGAUCUAACUGAAUUAUAUCAAAUUAUUAGUAUUGUAUUAAUAGUAAUGGAAUUCGCUGCUAAAGUAUUAGUGUGUAAUCUAUCAUAGCCUAUACGGGCCCAACGCUGGGCAAAGACGCCUCUAACUAAUUAAUUAAAAUAUAUGUAUACCCAGUUACAAUUUAAUUUUAAUGUUAUUUGACUAUUAUGGAAAUCAUAAUCAAAGCAAUAAAAUUAUAAGCAAUACCAAUAAUUUCUGAAUCACCAAUUUAAUCUUAUUUCUCGUUUAAAAUAAAAUUAUUAAUUAAAAUUAUCUAUUCUGAUAAAUAUGUCGAUUUUUAAUAUACGAUUUUGAAGUUAUAUAUACCAAUGAUAUUUUCCUAUUUAUAAUUUAAUAUGUGUUACUACUUUGCACAAUAGGCAACCGUAAUCUCCUACGUUUAGUCAUACUAACGAUUACCACCACAUGAACUAAGGUUCGUAACACACGCGUCGAUGCAAAAUAAAGUUGUCAGUAUGUCGGUUGCCCCGUGUACGAAGCGGCUUACUGGUUUUACUACACAAUAAUACUUUCGUAUCGCAAUAAAUUGUAAAUUAUGUUUUGUGAAUAUAAUUAAAUGAUAUGUACCUUUUAAUAUAGUCGCAGUUGCCUGCAACGUAAUUUACAUUAUGAGAUAAUAAAUGAAUGAUUGAUAUACGAAA